AUGCCUGCUGAACGAGCAGGGUACACCGUAACUAUGUUCAUCGUCGACGUUGGGCCGUCGAUGAACAAAAUCCGUACUCAUGACGCAGAAGGCAAUGAGCUGCCUCACGAAACAACCUAUCUUCAAUGGGGACUGCAAUUCGUCAAGCUCAAGAUCCAGGAAAUGAUCUUCAAUGGUCGGAAGACAGACCAAUGCGGUGUAAUUCUCCUUGGUUCAGACCGCACGCGAAACACUCUCAACAAGGCUAUGAAAGAGGGAUACGAGCGUAUAGAAGAGUAUAUAAAGAUUGGACAACCGACUCCAGCAACGCUUUCCAAGCUAGAUGCGCUGACAACGACGGAUGAACCGGGGGAUGCUCUCGACGCAUUAAUCGUUGCAAUGGAGACACAAGAGGAAUACCUAGGCAACAAGAAAACUUGGACACGCAAAAUGGUCCUUGUCACGGACGGAGAAAGUCCUAUUGAGGUGGACAGCCAACUGAAACCGACAGUCAAGAAAAUAAAUGCCUAUGGAAUCAGCUUGACUAUCAUUGGUCUAGACUUCGACUCAGACGAUGAAAACUAUCUCUACCGCGAAGAAGACAAAUCCCGGAUAAAGAGUGAGAACGAAGAAUUCUUCAAGGAGUUGGUGGAGAAGCUCGAUGACGGGAUCGUAGGCACUUGUGCAUAUGCUCUUCGUGAAAUUUCACGUCCAGAUGUCAAAAUAACCAAAUCUGUGCUUAUGGGAACGACUCUGCGACUUGGGGACUUCCAAUCCAGACCGGAGGAGGCGAUUCAAGUCAAUAUUCGAACGAGUAAAUGUACAGCAAUGGCACGACCGAAAAGCUUCAAGAAAUUUGCUUUAAGGGAACCCCUUACUGCCGAGCAAAAGGCUUUGCGGGCCCAAAAGAAGGCACAGAUGAAGAAGAAGAAACCAGUCAAAAUGGAGGAGGACGAUUCUGUGACUGAGAGUGAUGACGACGACGAACAGCCUGUUAAGAUGGAGGUCGACGAAGAAGAGCCUCCACCAAAUGGUGUUGCGAAGACGGUCAAAUUCGCCCAGUUGAAGAUGCACACACAAUUCUAUGUCGAUCGACGAGAACGCAAUGAGGAUGACGACACAGAAGUCAAACAAGAGGAAAAAGAGCCUGUUAUCGAAGACGAAGAUGACGAGGGUGGACCCUCCAAAUUACCGGCAUAUCUUGAACAAGUUUCUAAGGAGGAAUUGAUUAAGGGAUUCAAGUACGGAACCACAUACGUGCCAUGUCCCGAUGGUCAAUUUGAGCGUCUUCCAACGAAGAAAGGUAUCGACGUUUGUGGGUUUUUCCCUGCCAAGAAUUUUCGACGCGAACUCUCGAUGGGCGAGGUUCAGUACAUUUGGGGAGAUCCUUCUCAGCCUGAGCAACAAGUCGCCAUCUCUUCUAUUGCCCAAGCAAUGUACGAGAAAAAUGUCAUGGCCAUUGCACGAUGGGUUAGCAAAGACGGUAUGGAUCCCAAAAUGGGUGUCCUCACUCCUGGCAUUGACGACGGUGUCGACUAUCUGCUCUGGUCUCACAUGCCCUUCGCCGAUGACGUGCGCAAAUAUAUGUUUGCCUCCCUCGAUAAACUCGUCUCAAAGAAGGGCGAAAUACUCACGGAGCAUCCGUUCUUACCGACGGAACCACAACUCGAGGCUAUGGAUGACUUUGUUGACGCUAUGGACCUGAUGCAUCACGGAGACAAGGACGAAGAGGGAAACCGUGGCCCCUGGUUUGACACGCGCCUGUCCUACAAUCCUGCUGUCCAUCGCAUUAAACAAGCGCAAUUUCAUGCUGCUGUCGUCUCAGAUAUCAACACCAACCCCGUCCCACCUCCUCAUCCCGAACUCCUAACUUACUUUGACCCGCCGCCGAAGAUGCUCAAACGUGGUCGCGAUGCCAUCGAAAAAUGUAAAGACGAGUUCAAAGUCAAGCAAGUCCCGAAGAAAGUUGCAAAGACUAAAGCAACAGGACAUGCUCAUGCUCACGUAGAGGAGGAUGAGGGUUUCUUACUGGACGCGAAACCCAUGCCAACCAACUCUACUUGGACUUUAUCCCAACCAGUGGCAACUUCAAGUACCAACGUGUCGCCUUCGAAGAAGGGCAAGACUAGGGCCGUUUCCUCAAAUGGUAGUGUGACUGAGGAUGACGAGGAUCUUUUGUCUGGCGUCGCGCCGCGUUCUCGCUCCCCAGCUGCCUCAAUUGCCGAUACUGAUAACGCCACGAGGACCGCAGAGGAAGCAGUUGAUCUAAACAUCGAUCCAGGUCGCGCACCAGGACGUAUUAUUGGCACAACACGUCCAUUAGCAGAUUUCCGUGAGAAUAUCGCCCGCGGCGACGUGGUCAGUAAAGCAGUCGAAGAUCUGUGUGCUGUCAUCGCGGAGGUCGUGGUUAAGCCUUUCGCGAGCAGACGACACGCAGAGUUGGUGGAAUGCAUGCAAGUUUUGCGGGAUACCUGCCUGAAGGAGGACGAAGUGGACGCUUGGAACGAUUUCAUGCGCGAUCUCAAGAAGACACUCACCAAGUCGUCACCUGGGAACAAGGGAUUCUGGGCUGAGAUUCAAAAGGUUGGACGUCCGAUGAGUCUGAUCAGCGACAAAGAGGCAGAGGAGCACGGUGGUUCCUCUGACGUCUCCGAAACUGGUGCCAAAAAGUUCCUCAAUUAA